UGCAUUUGUGUGAUGUACAAGAAUGAUGGAUAUUUCUUAUGAAUUUCUCAGUCAUUUGAGUUUCUUCUAUUAUGAAUGUUAUGCUUAGAUAUGUAGCACAUUUUAAUUAUUUUUCUUGAUAUAUAGUGUUUUCAUUUUUCAAAUAUAUUUUUAUAUUAGCCUGUUGGGCCCUACCUUGGAGUGUUUCCCUUCCCCCUCGCUGUGCCUUUCAGCCAAAAGUUGUUUACCCUCUUGGCAGCUGCUCUCUGCCCCUGAUUUGGAGCCAGGACCUUCCAUGACACCCAUUCCUCUUGCUGAGCCUUUCAGCUUAUUGUUGUUAAGAAGUUGUUUACGCCCCUGUGUUGGGGCCAGGACUUGUCACAAUGCAGAUUUCUCCUGUUUUCCUAUUUUCCUGGUUGGGGAUUUUCACCUGCUUUAUUGUUUUUCCACAGCUUUUGCCUCUGGUAUAUAAGGAGAUCUCAGUAAAGCCCGGACAGCAUUCUUUUAACACGAAUGACCCCAGUGUGUGUUUCUUCUUAACUCUUAUAGGCCUAUGCCUGGUUCUCAGUGUCCUGAUGACACAGGCAUCAUCAAAUGGAGGUCCCACGAAGAUUGGGAAAGAGAGGACAACCUGACGAGAUGGUCCCAGGAAGCCGGCCAGUGAAGGAGGGACGUAUUGGGGAAAAUGGGCCAGGAAAGGUCCCAGUGAACAGGAUACAGAAGCACCGUGGGAAUUGAAAGCACAUGCAAAGAAAAAUAAAGAUUUGGGGAGGUGGUGAAUAAACCUUGUAAAAAGGGACAAGGUAAUAAUGGUAAAAUGUUUUUUUUGUGUGUGUUCUUUUAGAGUUAUGCUACAAUCUAGAGAAGCAAAGUCAAUUCUCAUAGAUGCUUUUAGUCUUUGGACCCUGAUUAGAGACAGUUUACACCCUACAUAAGAAUGAAAAUGCUUUGAGAAAAGCAUUCCUCCCAGACGCUCCACAGAUGCUUUGGCAAAAGAAGGAAAAUGAGAUUAAGCUUUUUAAGAGCUCUCCUAGGGACAUCCUGCCGCCUUGCUGGUUCCUAUUGGAGAAGUGCUUAUUUCUGGUUCUGUGUCCUUCAAGUAGGGUAUCUGGGUCCUUUUAGUGGGACACCAUCUAGCUCCUUCCCUCUAUGUCUAUUGUCUGUCCUUGGUGUACCAAGCUGUCCAUGGAUGUCAAUUUAUGUCUGGGUUUUGCUUCUCGUUGCUUGAAUGUUUUAUGUUUCAUGUUUAAAAGGAAAAAUGGUGAAAACUUUAAAUGCUGGUUGAUUCCCACCUUGAUUUAGUUUUAAGUCCUUUCCAGAAAGGAACAAAUAAACAAAAACAGUUUCAAUUGACCUUUGGAGCCCUGCAUCCUAGAUAACUGGUUAUCUCUGGUGUUAACUGUCAUGUGUGUCUCUGACUGGAUCCGGCCUCAAAAGAGGAAUGUAGCUAGGAGCCUAGGUCUGUCCACUGGGGAAGCUCCCCAGGGGGCUGGCUAAAUGUCUACACUAGCUGAUCUUAAAGGUGCCAGCAGCUUCAAAGCUUCUAUGGUAAGGGAGCUGAUGUCUGAUUCUCUUAGAGAAAUCUGUGACUGUGAUUAUUGGAAUCAACAGGUAACAAGGUGCUUCUUUUAAAAUGACACCUAAAAAAGUGAAAAUGGUGUUUGAUCUAAAUGCUAAAGAUAUGUGUACUCACUUCAUUUUUUUGUUUUAAAUGUAUAAUACGCUUUACAUGUCUUGGCUAUAGGUGAUUGGCUUUUAAGUUAUUGGUUAUGGUUGAAAAUUUGUAACAUUGGUAAUAGAAAGUUGGCUUAAAAAAGGAGUCAUUCUAGACAACACGUGGCAUGAGCCAACCCAGGGAAACAGGUCUAGAUUGGGAUAAUAUUUUAAUAUAUUUCUUAUCAUGGAAACUGGACUAAUAAAAGAAUUUAGGGCAAUGUCUCUUUGCUGAGAUAUUAGAGCCUGCACCAUCGUUCCUUCAUAUGCAAGGCUUGGCCGCCAUACUUUAUAGCAUGAGGAUAGGACUUGGUGUUUUGGAGAGACUGGAUUUUGGAGGAUAGAUAGUUUGGUGGAGGGUGAGUUUUGCUUUCCAAAGUUAUGGCUGUGCUCUGGGGUUAGGAGGGAAACUUGAAGAUUGUGGCUAAUGAUUGCCAGUGUUACAUUGACUACAGUUUACAGUCUGAUCCCAGACAGACUCGGGAUUCUAACUCGUACAUAUUUGUGCUUAAGAAAAAGUCAAACAGGUGGAGACUGUGACAAGGGUUGAUGAGGCUAUGGAACAUAUAAGAGCAUUACAGCCCGGUUGCUUACUCCAACUGCUAUUUCAAGAAAUACAUAUAGAAUGAUUAUAGGUUUAAGAGAUUGUUUUUAUGCUGUUUCUUGCACUCUUGGGUUGUUGUGAAAUAGUUCAUUUCUUGUGUUUCCUUGGGUUUUGUUUGACUUGACCAUACAUUUGUAUGUCUUUUUGAAAGAAAACUGUAUUUAUUUUGGUGAAUUGUUCUUUGGAUGACUUUUGUCUGUGGUUCCUCUGAAUGCAGUUCCAACGGUGGCCAGAGGAGGGCACCAGAUACCGAGUUACAAAUGAUGGUUAAGCACCCUGUAGGUCCUCUGAGUGAAGCCAGCAGGUUGCCCAGGUGUGCACCAUGAUGUGCUACAGCUUCUCUGCUUCCUCCUGCUCUUCCUUGGCCAGCAGCACCUCUGCAUUCUGCCCCUCCAUGGCUCUUGCUUAGGUCUCAGUUCCCUCACUUUUGGAGAUUUUAACUUUUAAGAAGGGACAGAAAGAUUACAAUUUGAUGUUUGCCCUAUACCUGAGAACCUAUGUUGCCAGGAAAGGGGAGAUUCCAUUGCACAAAAUGGGAUGGUAAGACAGAGAUUUCAGGAAAGAACAUGGGUGAAUAUAUUGAAACCAUGACACCUCUCAAGGCACAGUCCAUGAAACAAUGUACUCCAGCUUGCAUACAUUUAAAGGUGUAGGAAAAAAAUAUUGGCAUCUAGGGAACAGUAAAAAUUGUGGAUAUUGGAUUAUAUGUCACAUGCAUGGACCCUGGGUUUAUACAUUUCAGGAAGAAGAAUAUCCCUCAUCCACGGUCUUUAGGUCUUUGGCUGUUAACAAAGAUGUUCUAUCCAUUUCAAGGCCUGAUACAACUCUCCCUCUCCUCAGCAACUGAGUUGUAAUGAAGCAGUGAGAACUCUGAAGCUCUGGAAGGACAGUGAGCGAAUGGGUGUUCCUGGCUCAAAAGUGAGUCUCUGGAAAAGCCACUGCAGAACCUGGUCAGUCUGGUUGGAGGUAGUUAGCAAGUAAGCUAUGGCAUUUCCCAGUGACAUCACCGGUAGUGUCUUCCCUGGAAAUUCUCUUGUAUCCAGGAAACACUAGAAUGUUCUGUGAUGUCAGCAGUGUUGUGGUGACACCAACUGCCUGAGCGAUUUCCCUUCAUUUCCUAAUGGGUUCCCGAGGAGGCAUGUUCUCCAGGAUCCUCAGUCUCUUUCGGAGGGACAAUCAUAUCCAUGUAGACACCAGACCAAGGCAGAGGGAGGCCAGCCCUCCAUCACGUUGGAGAAGAAGACGAAUGGAAAGGUCCUGGAGGAGGUCACAGUCUGAUCAGAAGGCAUCAUCCCAAGCCUCCAUGACACCUGUUGAAGAGGAGAGAAUGAAGCGUCUGGAGAACCUCAAAAUUGCUCUCCACAAGAUGCAAAAGGAGAGAGAUGAACUCAGGAGAAUCCUGGCUGAUUACCCGGGAAAGAAUUUAAAUGACAGGAACAACUUUGAGUCCGAGAUGCUCACGAUGCAGCACGAGGAAGUGAUGACUGACAUGAAGAAAAUGAGCGAGCAGGUCAAUAGAGCUUUGGUCAAAUGUACACACCUCACACUGGAAAAUGACUGGUACUGCCGCAGCUUCUGCCCCCUCCUAACUGAGUUGUUUGAGCUGAAGAACAAUGCCCAGAGAGCACGGCAUGAGAACAGGGAGCUUCUAUGGGAACAGAUUGCACUGGAAGAGUCCAUUAAGGAAACAACAAGGUUCUGUGGGGAAGCCAGUAUGAAAAUCCACGUAACAAGCAGCCUCAGGUCUGAACACUGCAGCAGAAGCUUUCCCAGGGCCCAGACCAGGACUACAGCUCUCAGAGACAGGACUGUCCACCAGGAGCACUGAGGGUUCAAAGAUUGACACCACCUCCCGCAUCUCAGUCCUUGUAACCAUAGCAAUCCUGGGCUGAAUUUGAAAGACCUUGAGAUGUGGACUGGAACAUGCCUCACGUUUAACCUUUUGACGACUUGUCCACCAACAAUCAACUACACCGAAUGAGGCGUCUACAUUCCUCUUGAAGAGAUUUUUACCAUCUUACCUGCCGUUCUGCUGUGUUUGCAAGGCCAGCAACAGGCUGGAGUUAUAUGUUGAAAAAUCAUCAGGAAUUGAAUGCUGACUAAUUUACUUGUUAUAUUUAGUUUUUAGUUUGAAAUUUGGUUGUUUUAUGCAUUUGGUUUUAUUUGUUUACAUUUGAAGUUUUGUUCUUUAUUUGUUAACAUUAGUUUUUUAAUUAAUAUGCUAUAUUCUUAAGGCUAUAUACAUUGAACUCAUUGACUCCCCACUUUAAAAUGUUCUUGAAUAAAUUAAUGUUUGUCUAUAAAUAAAAAUGUGACCUUUAAUCCCUCACUCA